CGCCCGCUACGAGGGUCCGCAAUAUAAUAGGACCCCAGAGAUGGCACUAUUAGAACGCAUCUAAAAGUACCGGUACACAUGACAGUUGCUCUACGUCUUGAUAAAACGUCUGCAACACGCCGAUCGUUUCGAGUAAGAGGUUUCAGCUUGAUUUAAUCCUUAAUAGAUUUAUACUUGCCUAGCUAUGUCUCGUUCAUUUUCUCCAUUAUUUAGCGAAUCGUUAGAUUGAUUUGUGCAGUGGGACAAAUAAUUUCAGCCAAAUUGAAGGGUAUUUUGCAAUAGAGCUUGUUAUAAUCAGGCGAUAAACGGUGAAGGAGACCAGGCGCUUAGUCAGAUGGGCAGAAGAAUUUGAUGAAGAUACAAGCCAAGCUGGUGCCAAGUGAAUGGGCUUUAAUAGUCCUAUUAACAACUACACUAUUCUCAAUUGAUGAUGAUGGUGGUCGCUUAAGGCUGAAAACUGAACUGGAUUUUUAGCAGCAAUUAGAGACAGGCAUUAUUGACUUUAUCUCACAAUCUAUACAAUAAUUUUUUUAUAUUGAAGAAACCAGAAGCGUUCAAUAAUUGAGAUUGUUGUGGUAUCGACUUAAACGAAUACUUUUAAUAGUUCAAGUGGAUCACUGAUUAUCUGGCAGAAACAUUCUAAUAGCCUGCCUGGCAGUUCUAUUCUCUCGCUUUGGACUGUUUAAUGCUCAGCACCUUCUCUGGUAGUAAAGAACUUUUAGGAGAAAACGAACACUUUUAUUUAUCGUCGCACGGAACUGAUAAAAGUUUUGGUGUUUUGUGGAUAUUUAGAAUUGAUAGAUAAUCAAGUGUUACUUUUGUUCGGUAUGUGUUCACAUCACAUGUUAAAAGACGUGAUAAUGAUGCUAUUGCUCGUGAAUCACCAAAUAAUUUAGAAAAGAAUAACAAUUAUUUAAUAGUCAAAACUUUGUGUGCUCGUAAAACAUUUUACGAGAAAACGAAUACCGCUUUAAUCGGCUACAACUGAUAAGAUAUUUGAAUCUGUGAAGUGGGUGAUCUAUAAAAGAAUUAUUCCAGAACACCAAACUUAAAAGUGAAACGUAUAUUUUUGUGGACUACCUUAAAAGUCUCGGACUAGAAAGAUGUUUUGUAAAAUGGAUUCCCAGUUAACAACCGGAAACUAUCCUAUUGUGUUUACUCCCACAGCCAUAUAUACAGCGCCUAGAACAUGGCAUCCACAUAUAUACGAGAAUACGCCAAAAAGACCAACACCUUUCCGGAUCGUGGAUAUUCUUGGUGCCUCCGAUGACAGGAGCAAAGAUAAGUCGUCAUCUACCAGUGUCCAUCAUGGUCAUUCCAUUUCAAACAAUUCAUUUACGUGUUUUUCGCCGGACAAUCGAAUGGACGAUGACCGUUCUAGACAAAAUUCUGACAGUCCCGGUUCGGACACGCUCAUCGAUGUAGAAAGUCACAAAAAUGACAAAAGAAAGUCCGUGGAUGAAAAUAAGGAGGAUUCGGCCUCUAGUUCUGAAGAUGGACAGGCCAAGAAAAAAAAAGCUAGAACGACAUUUACAGGACGACAAAUUUUUGAAUUAGAGAAGCAGUUUGAAUUAAAGAAGUAUUUAUCAUCGGCUGAAAGAGCUGAUAUGGCGAAUCUCUUAAACGUCACUGAAACCCAGGUGAAAAUCUGGUUCCAAAAUCGAAGAACAAAGUGGAAGAAGCAUGAAAACAUUUCAUCAUCAGAGGUGGCUCAACAUAAAUUAUCAGCAGAAAAGAAUCUUCUCAAAUCUCUGAAAAACAAAAAGCAGGAAAAUGGCAAGGAACAACAAUCAGGUACCUCAGAGAUAGGAGAAUCAUCAAAUCAUACGACGAUAGAAGCCGAAGAAUCUCAGUCUCAAAUAACCGAUUCAACAAAAGAUUUCUCAUUCGGUUGUUCCGAAAUUUUAAAUCUCUCAUGUUCUUCGAGUGUCGGGAAAGCAGCAGAUAUCAAUUCGGAUAAGGACAGUUGCAAUAAAGAAGCAGAAGCGUCUGCAAUUCAAAGUGAAAUAAAUGAAACACGGGGUUCAGAGAAAGAAGACAUUGAUAAUUCGUUUCGUUUUAUCUCCGAGAAACAAGUUAUACCAGACUCUCAUUGACAAUCCCAAAAACACAUAAUCGAGCAAACACUAAAACGAAAUUUAAUAAGUUUGACGAACAAUGUUUUGUUAUCAUUUAAUGAUUACAUCGAAGGAGGAGAAUCCACUUGGGGUGUUGUUUGUUUUCUAAACAGAUUCUACAUUAAGUGAAAUGAAAAACUUCUCGUUCCCAUUUGUCAUUAAAGCGAAUCGUCUCCAGAUUUGCGGCUGGUUCGCAUUCCACCGACAUAUUAUUGCCACGGGAAAAAUAAAUGGUUCAAUACUCAUCCUAGUUAUAAAAAAUCUUUUGAGAAAUUUAAAAUGGAAACCGGAUAAUUUUAAAAUCCCAAAAGUUUUCAGAGGACUUGGUUCCUUUUAUUAGUGCUAUAUAUAUAUAUAUAUAUGUGUGUACAUUCUGUAUCAAUUUUUUUAAUUGAUUUUGUUUAUUUGUUGUUGAUAAUGAAUAUCUGUAUACAUAGAUAACUGCCAGAAGAAAAUAACUACGAUGAGAUAGUAAAACACUAUGUUUCUUCGCUAAAAUUUUAAACCUGCCAAUCAAUAAAUUGUAAUUAUAUGCGAAGAAUAACUUCCAGAUUUAUUGCAUACUUCGUUUCAAAACAUAUAUGUGUAACAGUAUCAAAUAUUUAUAUAUUAAUCACUUUACUAUAGGCUGCAGUGGUCGAGCUGUCAUGCGACUAGAAUGUCCCGAUUUGAAUCUUUGGGAUCUGCCAAGCCCAUGUCCCGAGUUCACAAAGCAUUCCCAGAUUUACGUUAAGAAUUAUGAGAAAUAUCUUUGAUCCAGAAACAAAAAACUUUGAACAUAGAUUCUUAGUGAUGUAUUUGAAAUAUUAAAAAAACUAAAGUUUUAUAAGGGGCCAUGUUUUAGUUAACAUAAGGCGAACAAUUUUGAGAAUUUUUUUUAACUAAAGUCGGAGAAUGCUUUGUGAACUAGGGGCCGGAUCUCCCUGUCAGCGGUAGCUCUAGUGGGACUCUCAAGUAUUUGAAAUAUUAAAACAACAAAAGUUUUAUAAGGGGCCAUGUUUUAGUUAACACAAGGCGAACAAUUUUGAGAAAUUGUUUUAACUAAAGUCGGAGAAUGCUCUGUGAACUAGGGGCCGGAUCUCCCUGUCAGCGGUAGCUCUGGUGGGACUCUCAAUGAAACACGGGCAAAUAACAUGACAGUUGACAUUCCCCGUCGCAUUGUACACAUGACCAUAGAAAAAAUAAGCGGACCUUAGUCUCAAAAUUACCAUUCCCUUCUAUUUUGAAAUCAUUUUUACUUGAUAGCCCUGUCGGUCUUUAUCUACCGAAAGGUGGUAUGCCGUUAUACAUCUAGAAGUUCCUUGUAAUAUAAUGGGUUAUUUUUUCAUUUGUAUAAAAGUUCCUUCUUUUAGACGUUCUACGAAAAUCAACUAUUAUAUUACAUUAACUAUUAAACAUACAUUAUGCAAGAGCUAAAUCUGCCUAUUGCAGGUCUUUCUUUAGGCCUGAAAUGUUAUCUAAAUUAUUAAUUAGACAUGAAUUAACUUAUCCAGACCAUAAUGAACUCCCGAUGUCAUCGCUAGCCUGCAAUGUUUAUUGGAUUAGGUUCCGAUUUGCUGUUCGACUUCCAUUCGUGAUUUAAUCAUGAAAUAGAUAAAUGAGACUAUGUUUUUUUAUCGCACCGACUUUAGUAAUGAUGAUCGAGGCUAGGCCGAAAAUUCAAUCGCUAAAAUCUCGGUUCAGAGUUGAUCAAUUUGGCUGAAAUUUUUAGCAAAUUGUCUUUACAUUAUCUAGUUUUUAACUAUUAUAGUGAGAACUGCCAGCUCUUAUCCAAUCUCCCAUAAUGUAUCUUUAAUUUACACAUCCUGAACAUACAUGUAUAUACUGUCAUCCUCAUUUGUAUAACACUACUAGACAAAGACAUUUUGUAUUCUAUAAUAUAGUGUAUAGUUAAAUUAUUAUUGUCCAUUUAAUGUGAUAUUG